AUGGCGGCGGCGGCGGCGGUAGCAGCUUCCUCUAUCUCAUCUUCUCUCGCAGCCGCAUCUCGUCCGUCGGGGACCCUCAAAUCCGCGCAUGGAGCUUCGGGCUUGGGCUUCCUAUCCUCGUCCUCUAAAUCGCUGAGGCUUCUGGCCUCUCGGCUCUCCAUAGAUGCAGUCGCUGCAGGGGGCAAGAGUGGCUCCAGCCUCGGUGCUCGUAUGGUCUCUGCACCCUCCAUAGAUAAGGCCUCCCUUAACUUCGAGACUACCGUCUUCAAGAAGGAGAAGAUCACUCUUGCUGGACAUGACGAGGUUUUCCAAUUUUAAGCCACGGGUUUUUUUUUUUUUUUUUUGACAUCCGUUUUUCUUCCCAGUUUUCCUGAUUUCUGCGGUUCAUGGCCCCAGUUCAUCGUUAGAGGAGGGAGGGAUCUGUUUCCGUUGCUACCUGAAGCAUUCAAGGGCAUCAAGCAAAUCGGUGUCAUCGGAUGGGGUUCCCAGGUUCGCCUUUUUUCUGCAUUGGAAUCUCCUAACUUCUUGAAAUUCUCGAUUUUUUUUUUACGUAUGUUGAAAUAUCUGUUUUAAACUGCUGUUGUACUCGGAGAGAUGGGUAAACCAAAUUAUGAUAACGGAUUCCAGGUAUUCAACAGUAAGGUUUUUCGGAAACAUGUUUUCAAGGGCAUAACGUAAAUGCAUACAGGCUUAUGUUGUAUUUUUUAACGGAUUUAGUUGACGGAAGCUUUUAUUACGACGUUAUCAUCUUCUUAAAACUAUAAUUAUUGCUAUCGGUGAUGUAGGGUCCUGCGCAAGCACAAAAUCUCAGAGAUUCACUUGCGGAGGUGAAAUCGGAUAUUGUGGUCAAGGUUUGUGCCCUCUUGAACGUUUUUCAUUUACUUGGCUUUGAUUACUGCAUUCAUUGACUUUAUCGCAGGAUGUUCGAAAAUUAUCUCAUUAACUAUUUUAUGCCAUUAUCUUGAAGCCGACUACUCUUUUGUAUAUCUUACAUCUGCAAUUAAGCUCCACUUUUAUUAUUAGUUUUCUUCUUCUUUUUCUGUUCCACUUGAAAAGGGAUUUUUUCGGGUUAUUUAAAUAGUACUCCAUGUCUUUUGCUUUUAACCUUAACCGAUUUUAAUGUACUUCUGCUUUGCAUAUUCGUCUCGCAGAUUGGACUGAGGAAAGGUUCAAGUUCUUUUGCCGAAGCGCGUGCUGCUGGGUUUACUGAAGAAAAUGGAACUCUUGGUGACAUCUGGGAAACAGUCGCAGACAGUGACCUCUUGUUGUUGUUGAUUUCUGACGCAGCACAGGUUUUUUGUUUACUUUCUGUGUAAUUCCGUUAUGUUCUUUAAAGAAAAAUGUUGCCAUAUGCUCUGUUUCUGUCCCUGUAAAAAUCAUCGAUGGAUAAGUAUUUUUUUAUGUUUUUAAUGAACUUAUGCAUCUAAGGCAUUCGUUUUCAUCUCUCUUACAAUCAAGUAUUGAUUAUGUCACCCAUUUCUGUUGAUUGGAAGGAUGAGAUCCAGUUUUAAAUGUACAUUCUCUUGAAUCCCAUAAAUCAACUUCUUUGUUGAUUGAUCAUCUAAGAAUUAGUUUAAUGUACACAACAUUCCCCUAUUUAUUAAAGUCGAAUGUAUUCUUGAGGAUAUCCAAAGUGAGAUCUGAUAUAUUGGAAUUACAAUUAUUUUCACUCCCCUCCUACUGAUUCCUACAUUAUUUUUUAAUUUAAAUUUCUUAUAUUAUUUAUCAGAUGUGCAGUAGGAUGUUCCCAUGGUUGCUGCGGAUUUUCUUACGAUAUCCGAAUUUACUUGAUAAUCACAAUCUUUGUCACGUCUGGUUCUGUUAGAUCAACGGUCUAAUAUAUAUUGGUCUUUACUCAAGUUGUAAUCUUGUCUAAAACAUUUUUUUAUUAAAUUAAUUUAGUUCGUUUUCCUUGCAAUUCAGGCUGAAAACUAUGAGAAAAUAUUCUCUCUCAUGAAGCCAAACAGCAUCCUUGGGCUAUCUCACGGUUUUCUUCUUGGACACUUGAAGUCCCAGGGAAUUGAUUUCCCCCAGAACGUCGGUGUCAUUGCUGUGUGUCCCAAGGGGAUGGGUCCGUCCGUGAGGAGACUUUACAUUCAAGGCAAAGAAGUUAAUGGCGCAGGGAUCAACGCUAGUUUUGGUGUUUACCAGGUGUGGGACCUUAGUAUGAAGCUGUUCCCUAAGAAUUGUCUAUCUUCCAUUAGAAGCACAUUCGUUCAUCAUCCCCUCUGGGAAAAUUCUAUUCAUUCAUAUCAUUGAGUGCCGACUUCCACAUCUCGCAUGUCUUUAUAGUAGAAGCUGAGUAAUUAUCUAAUUUAUUUUAUGUCUACUUGAUCUUUCAUCCAGGACGUUGAUGGCAGAGCUACGGAUGUUGCUUUGGGGUGGUCUAUUGCCCUAGGCUCUCCUUUCACGUUUGCCACUACAUUGGAGCAAGAAUAUAAGAGUGAUAUUUUUGGGGAGCGUGGUGUGCACUGUUUCCCUCCUACUGUCCCUGUUGACUUUUCCUGUUUAUUUUUCUCUCCGGUUAAUUUGUCAGCUUAUUUUAUGCGAAGGCAUUCUCCUUGGAGCUGUGCAUGGCAUUGUCGAGUCUCUGUUUAGAAGGUACACCGAGAACGGAAUGAGUGAAGAGCUCGCUUACAAGAACACUGUGGAAUGCAUUACGGGAAUUAUAUCAAAGACGAUUUCAACGAAGGUAGCGAUCUGUGUUCCUGACAGUGCAGGACCCCUGGUGAAUUAUUUCAAAUGUUGAAAGAUUUUUUUUCAAUUCCUUGUAGGGAAUGUUGUCUGUCUACAACUCCUUCUCCGAGGAUGGAAAGAAAGAGUUCCAGGCUGCUUAUAGCGCGUCAUUCUACCCUGCCAUGGAUAUUCUAUAUGAGUGCUAUGAGGACGUUGCUUGUGGUAAUGAAAUCCGGAGUGUUGUUCUGGCUGGACGGCGCUUUUAUGUAAGCCCCUUUCUUGUUUUUACACGCAGAUUGUAUAUAGAAAUCAACACUACAAAUGUAGGAUGAAUCGGUUUUGUUGUCUGUGGGAGAAAAAAGGCUUAAAUGUUUCAUUAUUUCCGAAUGUACUCUCUGGAAAUCUAUAUUCGUAAGAAGAAGAAGAAAAAAAAAACCAGUUUUUGAAUUACAUGAUGAUGAACAGGAAAAGGAAGGUUUGCCUGCCUUCCCAAUGGGCAAUAUAGACCAGACUCGGAUGUGGAAGGUUGGUGAGCAAGUCCGUUCAAAGCGCCCUGCUGGUGAUUUGGGUCCUCUGCAUCCUUUCACCGCUGGAGUUUAUGUGGCAGUGAUGAUGGCACAGGUAAUUAUGGCUAUAAUCACCUAAUGUUUUGACAAAAUAUUCACCUCUAAUCUUCUUAGAUUGGAACAAUGCAUGGUUUUCUGCAAGUUUUUAUAUUUUGCGAGUUCCCUGAGCAGAUUGAGGUGCUGAGGAAGAAGGGCCAUUCCUACUCAGAGAUCAUAAAUGAGAGUGUGAUUGAAGCCGUUGACUCCCUGAACCCUUUCAUGCACGCCCGAGGCAUCUCCUUCAUGGUGGAUAACUGCUCGACGACUGCCCGGCUGGGGUCAAGGAAGUGGGCUCCCCGGUUCGACUACAUCCUCACACAGCAAGCCUACGUGGCUGUAGACAAGGGCUCAGCCAUCAACCAGGAUCUCCUCAGCAACUUCCUGUCUGAUCCGGUCCACGCUGCCAUUGAAGUCUGUGCCCAGUUGAGGCCAAGCGUUGACAUUUCGGUGCCCGCCGAUGCUGACUUUGUGCGCCCUGAACUGCGAUGA